AUGCCCUACUGCACAUUCAAAUUUUUAAAAUUGAAUAAUUCCCCUUCCUCUUCAGUUAUGUUAGCAAAUUCUACAAACCAUUUAAUUCUGAAACUUUCUUCCCUUCCCUUAUUUUUAUCCAUUAUUCUUGUUCUAUUUACAUUUGGAAAUGCUCAGGAACCAGUAGAGCUAAUAGACUCAAACAAAAGUGAAGCAUUAAGUAACGACCAAAAACAAAAUUUAGAACAACAAUCAAAAUGCGGAACUAAAGAAACCGAUUAUACUCCUUGCAUGCCAAGGGAAAGGGCAGAUUCUAUUUUCAGUCACUGUUGCAGUCAGUACGUGCCUCAAGGCUGUCAUUCACUUUGUCAAUACGAGUCUGAUGAGUUGACAGCAAGAAAUUUGCUUCUUCAAGCAGUCAAGACAAAGAAAUGUGAUUUGAAGCAUUUCGGCACAAUUCUUUACUGCGCAUCGCAGAAUCAGGCAUAUAAUAAUUUAUAAUUAAUUUUAUUA